GAUCUGGCCGACAACUGCCAGGACAAUGUGAUAAAUAUGCUGGAGUUCAAGUCGGGAGAAUCCAAGAAGGAGUUGCAAAAGCAGGCUGCUUUGCGUCUCGAAGAGACCAGAGCAGACAUCCUGCUCUUCUCUUCGCGAGUAGCCAAGGGCCGCUUGAAUGCUGCAGUUCAUCGUCGAUAUGACUUCUGCCUCACCUGUGCAGAAUCGACCGACGAAUCACCAGCAACGUCAGUGUUGAAGAUCGUGCACGACUGCAUGACCAAAUACGGACCAGCAUUACAAGUGUGCAGGAAUCAGGUAAUUCUACUAUUAGAGUAAAGCUUUAGAAUAAGCUCGUUCAUCCCUGAGGGCAUAUCUUUGACAUAUCGCAGAUAAUGAAGAGUUAGUAUUACCAAUUUCAGCAUGAACAUGAAAGUCCUUGAAACAAAAAUCAUCGGCUUCCCCACAUAAUGAUACAAUCAGGGCGACAAGGCAGUGACGAACGUGCAACAGCGUACGUCCAAUAUCCGGGAUUCGUUUAACUUGGUCGUCAUCGUUGGACCUGACUGCUUUGUGACGGAUGAGAACGGCAAGGGUGCAGCAGUCAUAGACGAGGUGCGAGCCUCAUUGGACUCUGAGUUGAAUGUGGUCUUGAUUCAGGACUUGGGCGUAGUCCCGGAUAUCGAUGCUGAAAUCGAGAAAUGCCAAGACAUGGUCUUGCAAUCUUGUCUCAAAAGGGCAAUGCGGUAUGUGUAUUUGAAGUUAUGAACACUGAAUGAUGAUAGUGAGUGUAAAUCACUCCACUCAGUACUAGUUCUUGUACUUUCCUCAUAUUAACUUCUAAGUGAUCAAUAUUAUCAAUAUUUUUGAACGGCGGACUCGAAGCAGAAUAACGAAAACAAGCUUUUGUCUACUGCCAAAAGGCGAGUCCGAGUCCUCUUCGGAUAGCUCUAACAUCUGGUUCCGCAGAUGCGACCCUCCGUAGUCUAGUAGCAGAUCCGAUGGCUGUCAAAACCGACGAUAACAAGACUCCCAGAACCCGUGCAGCGGGUGUCGCAUCUUUCAAACUCAACUACAAAAACUCACAGGCGAUGGUACUACAUGGUGAUUUGUCCUUGUUUAUCGUAAUCGCUUUUAUCUAUUUACCCAAGCACAGCACGGAGAAUUAUUUACUUAAGUAACAAAAUUUCUAGUGCAAUACAUCUCGCAAACGGUUCAUUUUCCUUCAACAACGUCAACCCUGCUACUGCAUAGAACACAUUCAAAUUUUCAUUUUUGUCCUUCCCCUAAAGAAACCCUAAAUCCUAGGAACUCGCCUUCGAUGGUCGUUUGGCAGUUUACAAAACCAGUCUCUACGAGAUGAAAAACAAGAAGAUCCCGGGAGACGUCGAGAGCUGCAUCAAAAACCUCUUCGCGCUCUAUGACACUGCCGGAAAGGGAAGGAUUACUUUUAUGAAAAAAAUAGUUUUUCACAUGUACCAGCAGAUCAUGUUGUUCUAAGUACUUUAUUCAUAAAUAGUUUUUCACAUGUACCAGCAGAAUAUGUUGUUCUAAGUACUUUAUUAUUCCCCACGCAAGCUCGAGGAUAGUUCUGAAACAUUGAUAUUAAACUUGUCAUUUUCACGACCGGAGACCCCUUCUCCCUCAUCUUCUUCCCCCUUCGCUAAUCUCUGGGCUCAGUUCGCGGAGAUUGAUCGAUUGAUGACGGAAACGCUAGGUGGGCAGUAUAGUGAGAUGAUUUCGCGUCGUGUCUACUCCAUGAUGCUUUAUCCCGGUCUCACUUUAGAGAGUGAGAUCUCUUACACUUAAGGCGAGUUCUCUCUUCGUCCAUCUUCUGAAGCAUACUAGUGGAAGUUUCCCAGAAGGGGGAAACAGCUCCAAGAUGAGCGCCAAGAUGGAUUCGGGUGAGCUCUAAGACACUACCUUCUUCAACUACCAUGCUUUCAUCGCGAAGUCCAUGGGUAUCUUCGAAGGCGAGAGCCGAGAUGUGGGCAUCCACUACAAAUACGUCAGUGACAAAGUAAAGACCAUGAAAAAGGGUAAGCGAUUUCAGAAGACGUAUGAUUUGUACGUCACCCACGAUCGCUCCAAAUUCUCCAAGGAGUUCGCUUUCCAACUAGCAGAAUCUGUCCGCAAGUUCACACCGAACGUCCGUCUCGUUUUGGGAACCGACUUCGACAAGAAGGAGGACGAUAAAGGUGAUGACAAGAAGAAGAAAGACGCCAAGGCAGAAGUCGUAGUCGAGAAAAACAAAGCACCUUUGAACGCUUUGAACAUGCUGGUGUUGCUGCGACCUGGAGUUUUGACGAAAGACGUCGUGAAAGAGGAAAUCAUGUGUGGUUUGGAGGGCGGUGCACAGAUCCUAGUGAUGUGCCACGUCGCGAAGUGUCCGGUUUUCGAGAUGGAAGUCCGUCAAGCGCCAGCAGAGUUGCAAACGAUUAUGCGUCGACUACCAGUCUUCUGCUACGCGCCAGACAACGACGCUAGCUGCGUCACUAGCAUGUUGGACCAGAUGCACUUCCCCGAUUGGAAGCCAGUAGCGAACAAGGCCAAGACGUUUCGAAGAAAUGAGUCGCCAUUGGUUCUACACUUGUUCCAACGCGCGGAUGAGGAUGAAGAUGUGCAAUCCGCCUUGCAGACGAUUGCGAACGUGACGUCUCCAAGUUCCGUGAAUGCAGGCUAUUUCGGAUCGGAGUUCUACAAGGACGGCGGUCUGGUGAUUCUGCAAGACAAGAUUUAUGGACACACUGCGACCUCGAUGGACUAUUUAAUUUUUAGUUGAGAACUUUUCUUGAUGUUCUGUGAAGAUGACACUUGAUUCGAUUUCAGAAAGGAGAAGACUGUCACUUAUUCUUGUGUCUAAAUUUUGUUGAAAAAGGUAAUUGUCAUGCUAACACAGAAAAAUUUUCAACUUCCGCUUCCCUUCUCUAAGGCCCGAUGAACUUCGGAAGUGUCCCCGCGAUUGCGGAGACUGCUUGCCGUGCGGUCGCCAAUAUUGCCCAGUGCUGUGGUCAGCACGCAGGCGAAGUGGUGGAUCAAAUGUGCAAACUUGGAAUCGUCGACAUUGUCAUCCAGAACAUCAAUCAGCACACCGAUUUCCCUCUACUCCAGGGUGAGGCUUGCCGUGCGCUCGCCAACAUCGCAGCGCAAUCGCACAACGCUAAGGAGAUCGUGAACAGCAAGCAGGGUUUCCAGAUCAUCCUGCAAGCUCAGAAACGUUGCGAAGAAGAGCCCAACUUCUGGGACACGCGAUUCGAAUUCCGACGAUUACAGACCGGCAACGAGUUGAUGGUGAACCACGAGGGUCAGGGUCGCUGGAUCUCUGGUGUAGUGAAGGAGGCCUACUCGAAUGGUACCUAUGACGUAGGAUUCGCCCAUGGUGGUAUGGGCCGUAGGGUGCCAGCACAUCUUGUGCGACCGAAGGAUCCGAGUGACAAGAUUUUGGAGUUCUGCGGGAACUGGUUGUGGAAGCCAGGAGGUCGUUUGACCGAGGACAGCUUGAUGAUCAAGUUAUGAAAAUAGUACAACACGCAGUCUUUUUUGAAUUCAUACGGUAUAUUACAGGAUGAUUACCCUGCGAGGACUCCUUUCUUGAUAGUAUGUAGGAAAGAUACCAGCUACAUUAUGAGGCAUGCUCUACUUCAUAUUUGGUUGAGAACUAAGAAACUAGACAACCACAGCUUCUAAUCCACGCAGACGGCAUGGUUUCUCUGACCGAGUCCGGACAAGUCGGUACUUGGUCAGUAGCUGACCGUGACGAUGGACGUACUGCGAUCAAGCUGCAAAUCGGUACGUUGAUGAUCGAGAUGGAACGUAUUUCCGUGACGACGAUGCGUGCGACCGCUUCCCCGCAUAGAUUAAGGCUUACCGUAAUUCAUCUUCAGACGCAUCUUGGCGCAUUUUUUUACUGGAAAAAGACGGCAAGGAUGCAUUUCAAGAUGAAUAUAGGUACUAAGGUCUUCUAAAUAGAGCUGUGUUGGCGGAUGAACUGAUGGACGCUUUGUUUGUGCAGUACUUCAACUACGAGGACAUGAACUCGGCAUUGAAUAACGGAAGUUUGGCGAUUCCGCCACUACUGGGUCGUAAGCCGGACAUUGCCAGAUUGGAACAGGAGGUGAACCGACCACAAGGUGAUGGACAGCCGUGGACGGGAUUGGGCAUGGAAUUUGAGGGCAACUUCGCUACGCGCUUCAGCGGCACUUUGGUUAUCAAAAAGAUGGGGGACUAUCAAUUCGACCUUUCAGCCGAUGCAGCAGCCACUCUCCGAGUUGGUGCUCGAACCGUAGUCAGCGGCAAGAAGUACAACUUCGUGGCUGGCGCCCAUACACUACGUCUCGACUACUGUGCCAUUGGCGGCAUGGAAAAGAAGGUAGUUUUGAAGUAUCAGGGUCCGGAUACCAAUGAGUCGAUGGUUUCCGUUCCGGCUGGUGUGCUGCAACACGAUCGAGCCUCCAGUUCGAUCAUCGAGAAACCAGGUUUCAUCGCGGAGUACUGGCCGGUCGAUAACAGCACGACCAUGACCAUUCCGAACUUAUGGCUCAGUUAGAAAGGUUCGGUAAAAAAUUUUAAUUUUUUAAAUUGGAUCAAAGUAUUCUCUAAACAAAUGGAUCAUCCACAGGAAUCACUCGUUUGUUAAACUAGAUGAAGAAAGUGGAACUCAAUUUGGUUUAUUUCUGACUCAUCUUCUAACGCCUAGCGCCUCCGAUAUCAUUCGUGUGGAUAAGAUGUUGGAUUUCGAUAUGGAUACCGACCCAUGGGCGCGAUUGCCCGAUCGCUACGGCCGCCCAGCUUUCUGCGCUCGUUACACAGGUUACCUGACCGUCGCCUGUGGCGGAAAGAAGCGUGCCAUGUACAAGUUCUUCUGCGAGUCCAACAAACGUGCAAGGUUGUUCUUGAACGACAACUUGUUAAUCGAUAUCGACCAGACGGUCGCCGAAGUCGAGUUGACUAAGGGACAGCAUUUGAUCCGAGUGGAGUAUUACUCCAAGCCGAACGAGAUGCAUGGUUUGAAGGUGAAAUAUGCGGGACCGGAGACAUUGCCAAAGCAGACGAAGGAAGAGGAAGAAGCCGAAAAGCAGGCUUUGGAAGACUACAACUUAAGGCUCAUGGUGGCUUGGUCAUGCAUUGAGUAACGCUGAAGUUGAAGAAAGUAUCACAGUGUUGUUCUCUCCGCUUCAAAACGUGUUUCCACAAUCACUACACACUCACACAUUUCUUACAGUAGCAGUAGCUCUUCUUCUAAUUUAAAAGGCGGUGAAAGCCAGGCAGGACUUCUUCGACGAUCCUCCAGAACCGGAGGAGGGUGAAGAGCCGCCACAACCGCCACCAGAACCGGUGAAACCGGCAGAACGCAUCCCGGAUAUCAUGAUUGUGGACCCCACAGUCGUGAGCUAUUACGCGCCGGCGACGAUCUGCGUGCCAAAGAACGAUCCUUUAGUUAAGGGUUUCCGAAUUACAUCCCUCACUACCAUCCUUGGCUCCUUUUCAAGGGGGAAAUGGGUCAAGGAUGUUCUGAAGAAUGCAAUUCGGAAACCUCUAAUUUAGAGCGGCACACAGGCGCCGUCAGCUGCGUCGCGUUCUCGCAGGAAGACGGCUUGAUGGUGUCUGGUGGCUUUGGCGGAAAGAUGUGCGUGUGGAGCUACGUCUUAGGCGAACACAUCGCGACGGUCGACUGCGGUUCUCCGAUCACGUGUGUCGCGUUCCCCACCGGCAUGGAGAGCUUGAAAUCAGACGGUUUGAGCAACCUGCAGUUGACGACAGUUGCCAUUGGUAUGGAGAACGGUCAGAUCCAUCUGUACGACUGCUCCUCUGCGGAGACGCUAGAUCAAGGACCGGUGAAAGUGAUUCAUGGCCACACUGGCCCAGUCACGGGUGUCGCAUUCCACCCGAAGCGCGGAGAGGACCAGGGGAAGCCGAAGACGGUAGGCCGAAAAUCUUCGAAGGCCUCUGAAGCGGCCGCAGCCGAAGAAGGCGAGGAGGGCGAAGAAGGCGAAGAGCGAGAGCCAAGCAAGCAGAUUCCAGUUACGGACCCUCCCGUGAUUAGUUAUAGUUAGAAGGAAUUCUAGAGUCGUAAACGUAAUACAUUCCGAUUUUUUCGCAUUUGCAAAUUUGCAAUUAUAUCUUCCCUUCUUCCUCUAAGCUCCUUUGCGGCGCAUAUGGCACGAAACCGAACCUGUUCUCGUGCUCCCACGAUGGCACUGUUCGCAUGUGGAACACUUUGAUUGGUGAAGAAACGACCGAGCAAGCUGGUGAGCUUACCUGCAUGAAUGGCAAGAAGGGACCGUCCCCACAGCACUCUUUGAGUGUGUCCUGCGAUGGCACAGCCUGCGUCAGUGGUGGUCAGAACGGUAAGUUCUACUACUUCAACGUCGAUGAAAGCGACUUUAUCCGUGGACCGCCAAAGGUGUUGCCACUGCCGGCAGAGCCGGAAGAAGGAUGGCCAGAGGAAGGUACUAUUUGUAUUUGUAGGGUUCUUUUUAUCUUUGGUUGUUGAUCUUGCAUUUCAUGUUUAUAGUAUCAUGAUGGGCUAGAAGUGGCACUAGUACAGUGGAACAAGAUAAAACAUCCAUAGAUUCCCGGUACUGCUUGAAAAAAAUGUUUCAACGUCAACAUUUAACAUAACCUAAAAAAAGGUCCCCCUGAGCCGGAAACCGAACCUGGUGACCCGAUCACGUUUGCGGCGCACAGUGAUGCCAUUUCCUGCAUCUCCUGGUCUCCGUUGAAUCCGCGGCUUUUGGCGACUGCUGCUGCGGACGCCACGGUGGUUAUCUGGGACAUGUGGAACAAGGAACAGACGGUUCUAGAACCUUCUCUCAACAUGGAUCCCAUUCAGAACCUGACCACGUUCGUCCAAUGGUCGCCCGAUUGUGCCUCUAUCGUUUGCUCGAACGAGGACAUGAACAUGCAGAUCUUCUCUGCCGUGAGCGGUAACGCGCGCACUGCGCCCCUCCCGGGCCACGUUGCCACAGUUUACAACGGUGCGUGGGCGCCAUUAGGUCAGUGCUUAGCCACCUGCUCUGAGGACACGACUGUUCGACUUUGGCACUUCCGGUUGAACCGUGACAUUGCAGAAAUCACGACAUUGGAGAAGGAACAGGCAGAGUUCAAUUCCGACAUGCUUUUCUGGCAAAAACUGCUGGACAAGAUCCGCAAAACCUUUAAAAACUAUGAGCACUGGCAAGAGUACGAGCCGGAUAUCUACCUGUUGCGCUCGUCUUUGGACAAGGGUGUUGCAAGGACACAGAGCUACAACGAAAGGGAGGCGCUUCUCGGUGCACACUAGAUUGAUUUUUAGAGCACUUUUUUUUUGUCUGACAUCCAUCGUUGCAUUUAGUUAUAUGUUUUUUUAGAUGUUGGAGAGCGAAACGAACGUCCUUUCAGCUAUUAUGAUUGUCAACUACAUGACCUGUACCGUAAUCUUCAUCUCAAACUUUACAACCUCCUCUCAAACUUAACAUCCUCUCAAACUUUACAUCCUCUCAAACUCAAGGUCUCGUUCGUUCCGACUAUUACGAAUUGGAUGGCAUGAUCGAUGAUUACAAGCCUUACUAUGUCCUCUGGGAUGCCGUCAUCAACUUCCAGAAACUGCAGAAACUGUGGCACGACCAGCCGUUGUCCAGCAUCAACGCUCCGAAGGUCGAGGAGCAGCUCGAUCAGUGGUUCAAGGACUGCGUGAAGAUGAUGAAGCAGUUUUCUUCAGACAGCAUGAAGAACGUGCGCAACACCGCACGCGCAUUGCGAGACGCCAUCGACGCAUUCAAGGUCAAGUUUCCCUUCUUGCGAGCAUUCUCUUCGGAAGCUAUUCUCCAGCGUCACUGGGAUGCUUUGGCUGAGCGUAUGAAUGGAGUGCGACCGAAAACAACCGACAUCAAACUCAUUACCAUGCAAGAGAUGUUGGAUCUUGGUAACACCACUUACAUUUAGACUUUUUUAGACUAUGAUUUUUACUGUACAGGCCGUAUAGGAGUUGAAUAUAGUUGAGGCACGUCUCGUAUGGAAAUUCUUAUUCAGGAGCACAUACUAUCAUACAGUACUGUGCUUAUACUCUCUUAGUUCUGUGCUAAUAUACCACAUUAUCAUCCACAUAAUGCUCAUACUAAGUAUCUUAGUACAACUGUGCUUCAUCUCCACAAUUACCCACUUUAGGCGUCCUCGAUUUUCCGGAGGACUUCGAAGAGAUUGCUCUUGCGGCAACGAAGGAGUUCAGUUUGAAGCGUGCUCUUGCAAACAUGAAAGUCGAAUGGGAACCAAUUGCGGUCGUGCUCAAAGCGUACAAGAAUACCGGUGUGCCGCUUCUCGGUGGUAUCGACGAAAUCCAGGCUUACUUGUUAUGGCUUCAGCACUGUUCACCUUCAUUGUUCUACUAGAUUUUUGCUGGAGGAAGAUGAUAAUUUCAUGAUUUGAUUUAGUUUCUCUCACUUGGACAACUUGGUAUGAUGAUGAAUCUCUUGUCUAUUGUAGUAGUGCCUUCUGCUUCUUGUGUCUUAGGUACUACAGUAGGAUCUCCGUGAAGAGAUGACCUUAGAGGUUCAAGGCCUCACUCCUCUAAACUCCGACGAUUUCAUCGUGAAGACCCAAGCGAUUCGUUCUUCGCCAUUCUGCAAGCCCUUCGAGGCCGAGGUGCACGAGUGGGAAGCUCUUUUGCUACGCAUUCAGGAGUUCGUCGACGAGACUAUCUUGCUGCAGCGUUCCUGGAUGGCUCUCGAGCCUAUCUUUGUUUCCGACGAUAUCAAACGCCAGCUGCCGCACGAGUCCGAACAGUUUGAGGUCGUGGACAAGAUGUUCCGCACACGCAUGAACGAAGUGGACGAAGACAAGCUGGCCCUCAGGGUCGGACGCAUCCCGGGACUGGUGGAGGAUUUGAAACAAGGUAACGAGACGAUCGAGAAGGUGCAGAAGGGGUUGAAGGACUACCUGGAGACCAAGCGACUCUACUUCCCGCGUUUCUUCUUCCUGAACGAUGCAGAUUUGCUGUCGAUUCUGGCCGAGACCAAGGAUCCCACCGCAGUGCAGCCGCACUUGGGUAAAGCGUUCGAAGGUAUCGCGAAGGUGCGCUUCAACGAUGGUAAGACCAUUAUUGAGUCUAUGAUUUCGGCGGAAGGUGAGGAGAUCGAGUUGAAGAGACAAAUCGAUACGGAUAAGCCGGGGAACAAGGGAGCGGUCGAGCGCUGGCUGGUCGAAUUAGAGGAGAGCAUGAUGGACUCGCUGCGUAUUAUCAUCGGCGAGUGCAACGAGAACUACGCGCAGAUUGAGCGUCAUCAGUGGUGUCUCAUGUGGCCAGGUCAGGUCGCGAUCUGCACCUCGUGCUACUACUGGACCAUCCAAGCGGAGGAGUUCCUGGACGCUAAGAAAAUCGGCGAAUUCGAGAAGAAGCUCUUCCAGCAGAUCGCGAACAUUGUCGAGUUGGUGCGAGGCGAGAUGCCGAAGCUGGCUCGUGUCACCGUCGGAGCCUUGGUAACGCUGGAUGUGCACGCUCGUGAUGUGAUCACCGAGUUGCGCGAGAACAACUGCGACUCCAAGGAGGACUUCCAGUGGCUGUCGCAAUUGCGCUACUACUGGCAGAACAUCGGAGACAUGACCAUGAACAAUGGCACGCCCAACACCAAACAGGAAUGCAAGGUGUCCAUCGUGAAUUCCACGCUCUUGUACGGCUUCGAGUACUUGGGGAACACCGCUCGUUUGGUGGUCACGCCGUUGACGGAUAGGUGCUACCGAACGUUGAUGGGCGCAUUUGCUCUGUACUACGGUGGAGCACCCGAAGGUCCGGCCGGAACGGGUAAGACCGAGUCCACGAAGGAUUUGGCCAAGGCUCUGGCCGUGCAGUGCGUGGUGUUCAACUGCUCCGAUAGUAUGGAUUACCUGCAGUUAGCGAAGUUCUUCAAGGGUCUGGCCUCGUCUGGUGCGUGGUGCUGCUUCGAUGAGUUCAACCGAAUUUCUCUCGAGGUGCUCUCCGUCGUCGCACAGCAGAUUCAGCAGAUCUCGUUGGCCAUUAAACAGCGCGUUGACACGUUUGUGUUCGAAGAAACGGAAAUCCGACUCGUCCCGACGUGCGCGGUGAACAUUACCAUGAACCCGGGUUAUGCCGGUCGUUCCGAACUGCCGGAUAACCUCAAGGCUUUGUUCCGACCGUGCGCAAUGAUGGUUCCGAACUACGCCUUGAUUGCCGAGAUCCGUCUCUACUCCUUUGGUUACGCCGAUGCGAAGAGGAUCGGCAUGAAGGCGACGAUGGCCCUGAAGCUAUCUUCCGAACAGCUGUCACCGGCAAAGCACUACGAUUUCGGAAUGCGUGGUCUCAACGCGCUCUUGGUCGCUGGUGGUAACGGAAAGCGAACCUAUGGCGACAAGUAUCCGGAGGACCAGAUUGCCUUGCGUUCGUUUAUGGACGUCAACUUGCCGAAGUUUACCUCUGCCGAUACACCGUUGUUCAAGGGUACUGAUUGGAUUUUGUAUUUAAAAAACUCAGACAGAUUUGUGUUCCACAUGAUACCCGUCUAAGAUCUAGUGUUCCUUUUCGAGGCCCUUGGUCUAAAACUGAUUUUUUUGAUAAUUUUUUUCCCAGGAGAUCGAUGUAGUUGCAGUUGGGGUGUACUUUUUCUCGUUGAAGGAAAUUUAGACGCUUCUUCAUUAUAGGGUCUUCGAAGGAAACGCUAAUAGUACACCUUGUCCGUACACCAGGAAGUCAUGAACUUUCCUCUCUCCCACCUUAAGGUAUCAUUGGUGAUUUGUUCCCUGGUGUGCGUCUGCCGCCAGCAGACUACGGUGCGCUGGUGACCAACCUUGAGGCAGUCACGGAGACCUUUGGUCUGCAGCCCACUCGUCAGUUCACUAACAAGGCAGUGCAGCUGUGGGAGACCAUUGUGGUGCGCCACGGUUUGAUGACUGUCGGUUUUCCGCCUUGCGGUAAGACCUGCAUCAAGGAGGUGUUGGCUACUACUCUCGGAAAGAUUGAAGGCACGAACGAGUUGUUCAUGCCCGUUGUCCAGUACGUGAUGAACCCGAAGUCUAUCACACAGGGUCAGCUGUACGGAGAGGCGGAUCUGAACACCCAGGAGUGGACCGACGGUGUCUUGGCCAUUGCCGUGCGUAACGGUUCGCAGCCAGUUGGCGCAGAUGGUAAGAUGCGCCGUCAAUGGGUCGUCCUCGAUGGUCCAGUCGAUGCUAUCUGGAUCGAGAACAUGAACACCGUGCUGGACGACAACAAGAAGCUGUGCUUGAACUCCGGUGAGAUCAUCAAGCUGUCUCCAGUGACCACGAUGUUGUUCGAGGUGCGCGACUUGGAGUACGCUUCUCCAGCUACGGUCUCGCGUGUCGGGAUCGUCUACCUAGAACCGGAUACGGAUUUGGGCUGGCAACCGAUCAUCCAGUCGUGGCUCAUCACUCUGCCAGAGUUCAUCCGCAAAGACCACGAGAAGCAGUUGAUGGACAUGUUCAGCGGUACCUUCGAGGUGCUGCUGGAGACCGUGCAGCGCGUGUCGACUCCGGUUGCCUGCAGUGACAACUGGCUGGCACUCAGCGCCUGCCGCUUGCUGGAGAGCUUGAUGAUGGAUCAGCUGAUGGGCUACUGCCGACCGGACGGCGAGCCGAAUGAGGAGGACAAAUCCGCGCCUCAACCGCAAUCCGCCAUCGAUCGCGAAUUGAUCAUCGCCCAGUUGUACUACUUCACGAUGACGUGGACAGUCGCUGCGGUGUCCAACAACGAUGGACGCGCCGUUGGGGACGCGACCAUCAAGGCUGUGAUCGAGAAGAAGAGUGAGUACUUCAAGAAGAACAACUUCGUCGCCUUCCCCGAGUUCUACGACCUCCAGUCUGGCGCAGCCAUUCCGGCUCCUCCGCGUAAGGGUACACUCCACGAUUACUUCAUCGAUCCGGAAGAUGGCGGCAAGUGGAAGCUGUGGACAGAACGCAUCCCGCAAUUGGACAUCCCGAAGGGCACGCUGUUCCAUACGAUCGUGGUUCCGACUGCCGAUACUGAGCGCAACCAAUUCUUGAUCCGCACUUUGAUCGAAAAGGGCCACAACGUGCUGUUCUCCGGUCCCACGGGUACGGCCAAGACCGCUAGUAUUAACGGUAUGUUGCUGAACGGAUUCCACCCGAAGAAGUACAGCACGAUCCAGUUCGCGUUCUCGGCACAGACGACGGCCAAUCAGACCCAGGAUAUCAUCGACGGUAAGCUGGACAAGCGACGAAAGGGUGUCUUCGGUCCGCCUAUGAACAAGAAGAUGCUUGUCUUCAUCGAUGACUUGAACAUGCCUACCAAGGAAACCUAUGGCGCACAACCUCCGAUCGAGAUCCUGCGUCAGGCUAUGGUCAAGACGCCGCUUGGCUUUGGUUGGUACGACCGCAAGGGCUGGGACUUCCGCAAUUUGGUCGACAUCCACUACUUAGCCGCUAUGGGUCCACCAGGUGGCGGUAAGAACGACAUCACGGAUCGUUACUCGCGUAUGUUCAACCUGGUCUUCGUCACACCGUUCGAUGACGAGUCUCUGGCGCGUAUUUUCACGACAGUGGUCGGCGUCUUCUUCCAAGCCUUGCCGCGUGACGUCGCCGCUCAAGUCCCGCAAACGGUCCAGGGUGUGCUCGAUGUGUACUUCACCAUGAUGCGCGACUUCUUGCCGACCCCAGCGAAGUCGCAUUACACGUUCAAUAUGCGUGACGUCUCCAAGGUCUUCCAGGGUAUGUGCAUUUGCACACGUGAAUCGCUGCCGAAGUUAAGACUAUAGUACCCUUUUCUCUUUUAUAUUUUCCUCCGGUCUGUCUUUUUUCUAGUUAGGUCGGCUCCACCACAAACUAUAGUACAGUAAAUACACAGAUCAUGAUUUUUCCAUUGUUGUUCGUGUUUUGAUGUGGAACAUCAGUCUUCAGACCGCGUAGACGCCUAGAACAAAAGAAAGUAGACUUCUUUCCUCUAGACUCUACUCUCCUACAAGUUGUGGUAGACCCCCUCACUGCUCUAACCAUUGUUGAGGACUUGUGCAAGGUGUGGAUGCACGAGUGCGAGCGUGUCUUCAAGGAUCGAUUGAUCAACCGCCAGGAUCAGAACCAGUUCCACAUGAUUAUCAAGCGCUUAAUGGACAAGCACUACAAGAAACCCUACGACCAAGUUGUGAAGCUGGAGCCGGUCAUCUUCGUGGACUUCGUGGACCCGAAGAGCACGAGCUACCAGGAAGUGCCAGACCACGAGAAACUGUUGGAGAAAGUGCAGGAAUGCUUGGAUGACUACAACAACGUGAGUAAGAUUCGAUUGGAUUUGGUGCUUUUCACGGCGUUCUUGGAACACAUCUGCCGCGUGAUUCGUGUGCUGAAGUUGCCGCUAGGUAACGCUCUCCUCGUCGGUGUCGGUGGUAGCGGACGUAAGUUAAGGGUACACCUUUAAGGUGCUUUUCGUGCCGCUUUUUAUGCCUCUCUCAUCCUAAGGGAGAGAGAAAGGGGGCAUAACAAGCGGGGGAACCCGCGAGCACCAAAAGCCUACCUCUAAGUAAGUCCGUGACCACGCUGGCCACCUACGUUGCAGAAUACGAACUGUUCCAGAUCGAGCUGGCGAAGGGCUACGGCCUGAACGAAUGGCACGAUGACAUCAAACGCUUGCUGAUCUCUGCGGGUGGUCAAGCCAAGAACAUGGUGUUCCUGUUCCCAGAUACCCAGAUCGCCAAUGAGACCUUCUUGGAGGAGGUGAGUUCCAUU